UUAAUAAAAUGUCCCGCGCCGACGAAGGCCGCUUGAUUCAUUUGGCAAAGAAACGUGAGCGUGAAAAGGAAGAUAUCGAACAACAAUUGCGAAAGCUUGAAGAAGACAAAGAAAAAUGCAGGGUCGGAAUUACGAAUAAAUUCAUGGCAAACUAUGAAACAGUCGAAGAAGUCGUGAAGUCUAAAACCUAUGGCUUGGUAUCAUUGGAUGAUAUGAAAAAUAUUCAGAAAAACGAAAUUUCAAACAGAGAUCUACAAGUGGCCCGGGGAGACCAAUCAUCUUCUACUCAAUCUAAAGAUUCACAAGAAGCUCGAGAAAAAGAAGAACACGUUGCAAAACAUACCCAGAAGCGAUUUUUAUCGUUUGCAUUUGAUGACGAAGAGGACGAAGAAGAUGCUGCACCAAUUAUCCCGAAAAAGCGCGUUGGAAUGGACCCAACUGUCGACACAAGCUUCCUGCCUGAUAAAGAACGAGAGGAGUUCUUGAGAAAAAAGAAAGAAUCAUUGGCAGCCGAGUGGCGUGUGAAGCAAGAUGCCGAGAAAAACGAGGAAAUUACAGUUGCCUACGCCUAUUGGGAUGGAUCUUCACAUCGGAAAAAUAUGAAAAUCAAGAAAGGAAACACGAUUUCGCAAUGUCUAGGAAGAGCCAUUGAGGCUCUGAAAAAGGAAUUCACGGAGCUUAAAUCGUGCACAGCCGAGAAUCUGAUGUUCGUCAAAGAGGAUCUCAUCAUACCACAUUUCUACACGUUCCAAGACUUUAUAGUCACAAAAGCAAUGGGAAAGACUGGUCCGCUGUUCGUGUUCGAUUCGGCUUCCGAUGUUCGUAUACGCCAAGAUGCUGCACUUGACUAUGGAGAAUCUCAUCCAGCGAAAAUAGUACUUCGUAGUUGGUACGAAAAGAAUAAGCACAUUUAUCCGGCGUCACGAUGGGAACCAUUCGUGCCCAGCAAGAAAUACGGUCGUAAUUUUGAUGAUCUCAGUGACUUGUAAAUUAUUAAUCUCAUGUUCUACUUUGAAUUUGUUCCUGUAAAGUUUUCUGUUUGUUUUUGUGUUGAAUUUCGAAACAAAAAAUUUAUAUCAAAUCUAAAAUUUAUAUGAAACACUUUUUAAAAAUAA